ACGUUAAUUGAAAUUUACAAGAAAUACAUAAAUCUGGGUUAUAUAUGCAUUCAUAAACCAAAAGCAAAUCGAGGCACCAACGAGUCAAAAGAGAAAAACUCAGUAACACUGCAAAGAAAGUCUGUCUUCUCCGCCUGCUUUUGUCUUUGUCUUCACUAUUAUACAAAGCAGAAGGUAUGGCUGGACGUAAUGAGUCUGGUGUAUCUGAGAAGAAAUCAAGUGAAGGUUCAAAUGAUUUACAGACUUUCAGUGCUGAAAAUUUGCAAAGUAACAUGAAAAUCAUAUAUUACAGUCGGACAUUUUUGUCUAUCAUUGGUGGGGUGAUUGCUGGAAUUUUGGGAUUCACGGGCUUGUAUGGAUUUAUCUUUUAUUUCCUUGUCAUGGCAACCACUUCAAUCGGACUCUUAGCAAAAGCAAAGUUUUCUGUUCACUCAUACUUUGACUCUUGGAACCAGAUCAUACUUGAUGGAUUUUUCGGUGGGCUUAUGUCGUUCGUGCUGUUCUGGACAUUUGCAUACGAUCUGGUGCAUAUAUUCUGACAACGUCAUGCUACAUUUUCCACCGAGGGAAAAGCUCUAUGGCCACUGCUGCCGCCGCUGCUUCUGCUUGCGACAUCUUAUUUACAUCAACCUGGAAUUGGAAUAUAUCGUAUAAUGCUGUGUCCAUUUCAAAACAAUCAAAAGACCACUUCUUUUUUUUCUCCUUUCUCUUUUAUUAAUUCUGGAUCAGUAGUUCCAUGCUCUUAGGCUAGAUUUGUGCAACUUUGCAAGGGAAGCUGUUUUGUGAUGUUCUGAAUCAUCCUGCUGUUUUUAUAUUCGAAUGCCAAGGAUUUCUUAA